AAAACGAGCCACUUGCCCGUGGAGGGUCAGUAGCUAAGCAGAGCGCGAGAGAGAAGUGUUAGUGGUGUUCCUUGAUGGAGUACACGAUGGUUCAAGACACCGCGAGAGACUAUUCCCACUGCCCCCCCAAGAAGCGGCCACUGGCCUUCUACAACGUUCAAGCCGACGAGCACGAUGACGAGCAGCCGCAGGACCUGAGCAUCAAGCGUCGCCGUCAUGAGGAUGUGUCCCCUCAGGCAUCUCCCGCCCGGUCCGCCCCUCGGUCCCCGUCGCCCCAGCUGCCCGCCGCCCCGCCCAGCCCUCCAAGGAUGCCUUCCUUGGCAGAGUUUUACUUGAAGCUGUUCCAGUCCACGGCCCUCCAGCAGCAGCAACAGCAACAUCAACAGCAGCAGGCGGAGUGGUGGCCCAGCCAAGUCAUGUGGCCCCUCAUGCCUACCGCUCCCCAUCCCGCCCUGGCCGCCCAUCCAACCCUCGCCGCCCAUCCAACCCUCGCCGCCCAUCCAACCCUCGCCGCCCAUCCAACCCUCGCCGCCCACCCAUCCCUUGCCGCCCAUCCCUCCCUCGCCGCCCGCCUCGCCUCGCCACAGCCCUCGGAGGAGCGUCUUGCCUCGCCCCGUUCCACGGCCUCUGAAGACUCCGGCGUCGGCGCAGAGUCGAUGAGCGAAGACGAGAUUGACGUGACGAGCGACAGCGACGCCUGCAGAAGAAGCAGUUCCGAGGUUGUGGCAAAUCGCGGGGAGGCGCGCUACUCGUGCACAGACUGCGGCAAGUCAUACUCCACCUACUCCGGCCUCAGCAAGCACAAACAGUUCCACUGCGCCGCGCUGGGAGCCAAGUCCUUCGCGUGCAAGCACUGCGACAAGGUGUACACGAGUCUGGGCGCCCUCAAGAUGCACAUCCGCACCCACACGCUGCCCUGCAAGUGCCAGCUGUGCGGCAAGGCCUUCUCGCGGCCCUGGCUGCUGCAGGGACACAUCAGGACCCACACAGGGGAGAAGCCCUUCCAGUGCUCGCAGUGUGACCGCUGCUUCGCCGACCGCAGCAACCUGCGGGCCCACCUCCAGACCCACGCCGACGUCAAGAAGUACGCGUGCGGCACCUGCCACAAGACCUUCUCCCGGAUGUCGCUGCUCAACAAACACACGGAGGCCGCCUGCCCAGCCCGGCCCGCCCAGCAGGAGCAGCAGUUGGUAGCGCAAUAAUAAGACGCAGCGCCCGCCGGGGAGAGGGAACGUCAGGACCAGUCACCAGUGCCUCUAGUCAGGUGUCGCCCGCGUACAGGCACCCCUUGUGUACAUCAUUAGGCUAAGACGAGAAUAAAGAAUUUAUAUUUUA